GCCUAAUCUCUCAUUCCCUAUAUAUAUCCCUCAUAUUUGCUCAUUCUAAUACAUCAUUAACAUCAUAAUUUCAUUCCUUGAUCCAAAUCUCAAUAUUUUAUCUCCUUUUUUCUUCAAAAACGCCACAACUAUGGCCGGGGGAAGAUCAAAGUCAAAGGCAUCCAAGAAGAAAGGCCCUACCGAGGCCACAACCUCUGCGCCUCAACCCUUUCUGUACCUGGAUGGAUCCUUCCUCGAAUUUGGCUCAGAGGAAGAACUCACGCGCUUCCUCAAUCACUUUGCCAAAUGCCCGAUUUCUCCGCCCAGGGUGCUGCCCGAGCUAUACCCUCAAGAAAAGGGGUACCACGACCUCGACAAUCUGCUUCAAGCGUCGGGUCUGUGGUCGUUCGUCUCUAGGAGCCGUCAAUCCUACAAUCCCACCUUUGUCCGGGCCUUCUACUCCAAUCUCCGCCGUGACAGGGACACCAUCCGCAGCAGCAUCAAUCUCUACGACGUAGAGAUUGAUUUGCCUACCUUUGCAUGGAUCGCAGGGCUGCCCAUCCGCGGUGACGACAUCGCGACAUAUGGUGGCGACGAUUGGAUCCUCAACAACGAGGCGGUCGUCAUCGCGAUUCAUGCAAUCAUCCACGGCGCCUCCAUCAAUUGGGCAAAAUUUGUCAUGAUACACAUGGCGGAUUGCGCCUCACUCGCCACCGAGCGGAGCUUGCCGUACGCCUUCCUCAUGAUGGACAUCAUCGUCUCCGCCGAUAUCCACAUCGCCAGGCCAGACACGAAGAUGACGAAGCUUUGGAUGAUCGCUGACAGCACCUUCCGGAAGAAGUCCGGAAACAGAGACGGCGCAGGCCCAAGUCGUGCACCAGCCCCCGCUCCCGCCAAGGCCUCUUUGCAAUCCAUAGCCGACACCCUGAAUCGGCUAACCCUCACAGUGGAUGGCAUCGGGCAGUCAAUCAAGCGGAUGGACUGGACGUUGCAACGCCAACACCACGACAUGAUGGCAUACUUCCGUGGCGUCAACUACGUUCUGCCACCUUUCGACAACACCAUUCUCGACCAAAACUUUGAAGGCGAGGAUGAGGACGACGACUCCUACGCUCCGUCCUCCUCCCCCGAAGAGGCCGACUUUGAAAAUGCGGUCGACGGCGAUCCCAUGGACGUCAAGGACGACGAGGAUGACGACGAGGACGCCGAUGCCGACUCCUAGAAUCUUCUUUCUUUUAAUAUGAUUGUAUUUUUUUAAUUAUUUCCAUUCCGUUGUAUUCCGCAUUUCCCUUUUAAUGAAUAAAAAAAUUUUUUAAAUCUUUUUGUUAAUGACAAAAGGGGGAAGAUAUAAAGGUUAUGCAUUAAU